CCUUCCCUCGUGUGAAUGCUCCAGAUUUGAGAUUACAUCUCAGUCGUAUCUACCUUGAUUUUCCCCCAAACUUUCUCGGGAAAAUCUCAUUGCUUUCUACACUGCCAAACACCGUCCAUCUGUUUUUUGCCCGAACACCCCCUAGAUGUCGACAUCGGGGCAGCCCCAGUUCCGAUACACCCAAACCCCCUCGAAGGUCCUCCACCUCCGCAAUCUCCCCUGGGAGUGCAUCGAGGAGGAGCUCAUCGAGCUCUGCAAGCCAUUCGGCAAGAUCGUCAACACCAAGUGCAACGUUGGCGCCAAUCGCAACCAGGCUUUCGUCGAAUUUGCAGAUUUAAAUCAGGCCAUAUCAAUGGUUUCAUACUAUGCAUCAUCUUCUGAGCCUGCCCAAGUUCGUGGCAAAACUGUGUAUAUUCAAUAUUCAAAUAGACAUGAAAUCGUGAACAACAAAAGUCCAGGAGAUGUUCCUGGAAAUGUCUUGCUGGUUACCAUUGAGGGUGUAGAAGUUGGUGAUGUUAGCAUUGAUGUAAUUCACUUGGUAUUUUCUGCUUUUGGCUUUGUACAUAAAAUUGCUACUUUUGAAAAGGCUGCUGGUUUCCAGGCAUUAAUCCAGUUUAGUGAUGCUGAGACCGCAUCUGCUGCUAGGAAUGCCUUAAAUGAAAGAAGCAUACCCAGGUAUUUGCUUCCAGAGCAUGUUAAUUCAUGUCACCUGCGUAUUUCAUAUUCUGCACACACUGAUCUGAAUAUCAAGUUCCAGUCUCACAGAAGCAGGGACUAUACAAAUCCAUAUCUUCCUGUGAAUCCUACUGCAAUUGAGGGUGUUGUGCAGCCUGCACUAGGGCCUGAUGGAAAGAGGAAAGAAGCUGAGAGUAAUGUGCUUCUUGCUUCAAUUGAGAAUAUGCAGUAUGCUGUCACUGUGGACGUUCUGCACACGGUAUUCUCUGCCUUUGGCACUGUCCAGAAAAUUGCUAUAUUUGAGAAGAAUGGUCAAACCCAGGCACUUGUUCAAUACCCUGAUGUUAGUAUUGCAGCAGUUGCCCGAGAAGCUUUAGAGGGGCAUUGCAUAUAUGAUGGUGGCUAUUGUAAGCUUCAUCUAUCAUACUCUCGUCAUACUGAUCUCAAUGUAAAGGCUUACAGUGACAAAAGUAGAGAUUACACGAUCCCAGAUGCAAGUUUGCUUACAUCACAAGUGUCAGGUCUCCCUGGUGCUCCAGCAGCUUGGCAAAAUCCUCGGCCUGGUCCAAUGUAUGCUGGAAAUGAUUUUAAUACUGGCGGUUCUGUUCCUGCUCAGUAUCCUAGCAGACCGAUGGCACCAUGGGAUGCCUCCAUGCAGGCCGGCAGAGCCCCAUUUGGAUCUGUUCCUAGCACUUAUCCUGGUCAAACUUUUGCAGUAGCGACCAGCCAAAUUCAUUCUGCCGUCUCUUCAAUGGGAUUUUCUUCAGGGUUUCCACCAAAUGUGCGACCUGGUGGUGCUUCAUCUUCUGGUCAGCUUCAGCCGGGGAUUCCACCAAAUGUGCGACCUAGCGGUGGUCCGCCUCCUGGUCACCCUACUUAUUAUGGCCAAUAGGGUGUGGGGUGUGGGUAAUGAAUAGUGGCUGAGGGGAAGAUUCUAAUGACUGUGCAUAAGCUGGCAAUAAGUAUGUUUGCAGCAAAGGGAAAGCAGAAUUUAUACAAUUUGCCUCCCAAAACAAUUUGGUUAGAAUCUUAUCGAGUUUGGUAGCAUGGAGAGAAUUCUGAACACGCCGCUGAUCGAGCUUGGAAUGGAAAGGAGAGAAAUCCUGUGCUGUGCAAGGUACGGAUUGAUAUGAUUGAUUAUGAAGAUGUGCGACACUCAAAUGUUUCACAUCCUGGCUAAGCAUUUCUUGUCAUUAAUCCUUAGAAAUAUUCAUCUGGACUGCUUGAUCUGUUUCGAUAUAUAUAAAAAUAUAGUUGUAUCUAUUAAAGAUAUUAUAAUUUAUAUACCAGGCUUAGAGAAAC